AUGGCCGGUUACAUUUCAUUACUUCAGAUUUACGAGCACUUUCCAUCGGUCCAUCGGUGUGUCGUUGAUGAUGGUUAUGCUGAGGCUAGCCCACGUGCUUGUAGGUGGCUUACGGAGAGGGUGGUUCGGCAGUUUGGGUACAUUCAGACCGUUCCUCCGCCACCGGUUCGUGAUUCGUUGACAGGUACUGAUAUAGACGACUGGUGGGUACACUUUUCAGAUCAUGUGGUGCCUACAGGGGAGCUCUGUGUAGUUCCUGGGCAGGUGGUCCCAGACAACAUGGAGUGGUUUUUUCAGAUUUCGCACCCUUUUGUGACACCGACGGAGGAGAUUGUUGAGCCGAGACCUGCGCCUCCCCCUCCCCCUCAUGAUGAUGACUUCGUUGAGCCACCUGUCCCCGAGGUUCCAAUCGCGUUGGAUCUCCCUACGCAUUCUAUGGUUGAUUGCACAGGAUGUGUAAGGAUUGCUGAGCAUUUGGAGCGGGUCAUCAACCUCAGGAUGGUGAAUGAAGGGACUGACUUAUAUGAUAUCAUGGAUCUUUGUCUGAGGAUAGCUAGAGGUGACGACCCAGAUGACAGUCUUAGGCCGCGGCAGAGACGCCGCAUAAAUUAG